AUGCCCAUGGAAACUCGUUCCAAUAGUGCUCUCUUUAAGAGAGCUGAACAGUUAAAAAGAUGGGAAGAUUCUGAAACCAACACUGAAUAUGAAAUAUCGAAAAAAGGACCAGGAAAUGUCAAAUUUACAGAUGGUUGUGUGUUCCUUGCUGCUUGUGCUGCUGGCGACACCGAAGAAGUUGAGCGUCUGCUAACGAAGUCGGCAGAUAUUAACACGGCCAAUGUUGAUGGCCUUACAGCGUUACAUCAGGCAUGCAUUGAUGAUAAUUUAAAUAUGGUAGAGUUUCUUGUGGAGCAUGGUUGUGAUGUUAAUCGUGGUGAUAAUGAAGGAUGGACACCUUUGCAUGCCACUGCCUCUUGUGGCUUUGUUAGUAUAGCCAAAUACCUACUUGAAAAUGGGGCAUCAGUAGCAGCUGUUAAUAAUGAUGGGGAAUUACCAAUUGAUAUAGCUGAAUCAGAAGAAAUGGAAGAGUUGCUUCAAGCAGAGAUUGAUAAAUUAGGUAUUGAUUGUGAUGCUGCAAGGACAGAAGAAGAAAAUCUGAUGAUGAAGGAUGCCCAGGAGUUUAUAGUUAAUAAACAAGAUUAUAAUAGUAAGAUCCAUCCCAAAACUGGAGCAACAGCUCUCCAUGUAGCUGCUGCUAAAGGCUAUAUUAAAGUACUGAGUAUGUUGAUCAAAGCUGGUUUAGAACUAAAUGCACAAGAUAAUGAUGGGUGGACUGCUCUUCAUGCUGCUGCACACUGGGGCCAGAGAGAAGCUUGUGAACUUUUAGCUGAUAAUCUAGCAAACAUGGAUAUCCAGAACUUUGUUGGACAGACAUGUUUUGAUGUAGCUGAUCCUGACUUGGUCAAUUUGUUACAGGACUUAAAGAAUAAACAGAACACUCUUCAAAAGGAACGUCCAGAAUUAGGAGAGAUAUUAAGAAGAAAAGCCCCACCACCUCUGAAACGAAGAACCUCAGUAACUCGAAUGAGUUGUACAGAUAAGAGUAAUGUUGUCAUGAAAGACACGUAUGCUGAACGAGCACAGAUUGAAGCUAAGCUGCGAUUACCUGAAGAAGAACUGGAAGAAGAUAAUAAAGGCACAGUAAAUGAAGCUGGUGAAGAAACUACUUUUGAGACAAAGCAGAAAGAAGCUUUGAAUGUUGUAAAAAGAAAUGAAGCCAACAUUGCAGAUAGUCUAUCAGAGAUCAUCCCUUCAACAGACAUAACCAAAGAGGAGGAGCUUCCAGUACGAAAACCCGCUACUAAUAAGGAACGACAAAAUGAUGUGGCUCCUUGGAGAAGAAGAAAUGAACCAACAGCUCCAUUAAAAAGUUCACAAGACAUUGUAAAAGAAGAGCCCAUCCUGGUCCUUAGAAAACCAAAAAAAUCCAGAACAAUAGAUGAAGAUAAAAAGACUAAUGGGCCAUCAUUUGAAAGCGCAACUAAAGAACGGGAAUCUAGUACAGAAGAAAUCCCCUCAGUUCUGCCUUCAACGACUAAUGUUACCACUCUAUCUUCACCAACAUCAACUCCAAGCACCCCACCUAUUGGUGUUACUACACCUCCAAUAGAGGGGCAAGUCAGAAGGUCAUCUGUGCUUCCAGUACGAGAUGAAGAGUCAGAAACGAGAAGAAAAGCCCAUGCCAAACGAGUGAGAGAAACACGACGUUCCACUACGGGUGUAACAUUAGAAGAGGUGAAGUCAGCAGAACAACAGUUCCUUCGAAAACAACAAGAGGAGGAUGAAAAGAAACAGAAAACCAAACAGACCAAAGAACCAACUGCAACAACAUUAGUAACCUCUACUACUAGUACCACAACUACUACAUCAAAUUUAGCACAAGAGAAGCGAGGAUCAUGGAGAACACGUGCAAAAGAAAGUGAAAAGGCUGAACAAGCCCCAGUUAGAAAGUCCCAGAAACCACCUGCUACUAGUACCACAGCUGGUCCAAACUUAGUUGCUGGUACAACUGCUGUUACUUUUCCUUCCCCAGCCCGCACACGACAACAGCUUCCUGUCACUAAUGUACCUGAAAGCCCUGAAACCACUCAGUCAGUUACCCUUCCUCUCAGAUCCCGACCAGUUCCAAGUGAAGAGGCUGAUAAAGACCAUGAAAACAAAAAUGCUCUAGGAACACAAGCAGCUAUUCAGCGAAGAAAGAGACCAAAAAGGAGAUCAACGGGUGUUGUUUAUUGGGAUAGUGAGGGUCAAAACGAACAACAAGAUAGCAAAAACCAAGAACAGGAACAAGAAAAAGAUGUGGAAGAGAAGUCUCAAGAAUCCAAAGGUGAUGGAAAGACAUUGUCUGAAUCACAGAAAUCCCGUUAUGGAUCAACGGGACAACAACAGGACAGUGGUCGCUCAGAAACAUUAUCACGGGCCUCUGAUCGUCUUGGUCAGGGCUCUCUAAGCAGCAGCACAGGCAGUCUAGCUGAGGAGAGUGAUAAAGAUUACAAAAAGAUCUGUGAGACAUUAAAAGCAGAAAAUGAAAGAUUAAAAGAAAAACUAAAGAAAACAGAAGAUGAUCUUGUCAGCACAAAAAGACAGCUAGAUAAAACUUUACUUCAGAAUCACACCAGAAAUUCUCUAAGUGAUGCUGAAAAAAGGGAAAAAAGAACAUUAGAAAGAAAACUUGCUGAAAUGGAGGAAGAGUUAAAACAACUGGAACACGUGAAAGCUGAUAACCUUCGGUUACGAGAAGAGAAUGGUGCUCUGGUUAGAGUCAUCAGUAAACUGUCCAAAUAGGAAUAACUUCAUCUUGGUGUUACUUGCCUUCCAGCUGUUAGAGCUUCCAUGGGGGAGAAAUUGAAAUAUUUUCUAACCCAGGAACACCAGUUUUUUACAGUGUGAUCAACACUGUUUUGAUAGUACACUUCUCACCUUACUUUUAACCAACAGUUUUAGCUUGCCAAGCUUGUUCUUUACUGUGGUUGCAAUUGGGUGAAUGUGCUUACAUCAGCAGUUUUGUGACUGUCAUCUAGUCUUAUGAUACGGUCUUUAAUUUAAUCUUUUUAAAUCUACGGUUUGUUAACAAUCUUCAGCGUGUGUCCAAGAAUGCAUUUUAUAUCUUCUAUCCUCAAUUGUUUUAUUUUUGAGAAUUGAACAUUUUUCAGUGAAAUAGCUGUAUUUAUGAAUAUCUCACAAUAGCAUGUGAUGUAGUUUAAGCAUAUGUUCAUGAGUUCUGAUUUCUAUUUUAUUUUAUGAAGACUAGGAGUAGUGUCUAAACCUUUGUUCUAUAGGUUUUUGGAAAUGUAGUAGAA